AUGUCCCUCUACUACGACGCCGUCUCCAUCCUCACGGCCCCCUCCACCACCGGUGGCUCCUUCAAAUCCCGCAUCUACAACGCCCGCAACAUCAAAUCCGCUCCGGCGCAAAUCUACGCCCUCAUCAUCGAAGCCUCGAAAUGGGAUAUUCUCCUCAAGGAAGUAAUAGAAGCAGCGGGGAUACUCAAGCUUGAGCCGAAGUUAACUCCCCUCCUCUCCCUCCUCCUCGUCCACGACCUCCUCCUCGCCAAAUCCGGCCUGGCCGCCAAAUCCACCCACCCCCUGCGCCAAACCAUCGAGCGACACAAGACCCGUCUGCGCGGUGAAUUCACCAAAGCGCGAGUGCGACGCGGAUGCGCCACGAUCCCGGCGCUGAAAGAUGCCAUCGCGAGGGAGAAGCUCGCUCUGCAGGGCGCAGCAGGAAUAUCCACGGCAAUCUAUCCGCGCUGGGUACGAGUAAACAACAUCCGCACGACGCUGGAGAAACAACUCUCCACCACGUUCGCAGGCUACGAACAGGUCUCGUCACUAGCGGAGCUUAUCCUCCCGAAGAGAAUGGUUCUUGACCCCCAUGUCCCGGAUCUCAUUGCCGUUGCGCCAGGAGCGGAGUUUACGUCGUCGCCGGCGUACAAGAACGGGGAGAUUAUCUUGCAGGAUAAGGCGAGUUGCUUUCCUGCGUAUUUGCUUGUUGGGGAUGAGGAUGAGGGGUGGGAUGAUGGUGGUGGAUUGUUGGAUGGGUGUGCUGCGCCGGGGAAUAAGACGACGCAUAUGGCCUCGUUGUUGGCGAAGCAGCAACAUAAACAUAACAAGGGAACUGGGACCUACCACAUCUUCUCCAUGGAUCAAUCGCCUAUCCGAGCAAAGACUCUCCAGAAGAUGGUUUCCACCGCCGGCGCAGACACCAUGGUGACCGUCCUCCCAGGACAGGAUUUCCUCGCUCUGGAUCCAACUGAUCCCCGCUUCGAGAACGUCUCAGGCCUGCUCCUCGACCCGAGCUGCUCCGGAAGUGGGAUCAUCGGUCGCGACGAUGUGCCUAAGCUGACACUCCCUGAGUCUACUACAACCUCCUCCUCCUCUUCUUCGACAGGGAAAAAGCGCAAGCGUCGCGCCAACGACGAGGACGACAGUCGCGAAGGAAAGAAAUCUUCCACCACCACCACCACCACCACCAUGACAGAAUCCCCCUCGGCAACAGACGAAAACGACGUCCCGGUAACCGGAAUGACGGAGGAGCGCCUCAUCAAGCUUUCGAACCUGCAGACGCGGAUUGUAGAGCACGCGCUGAGUUUCCCUGCCGCAACGAGGGUCACGUAUAGUACGUGCUCGAUCCAUUUGUUGGAGAAUGAGGCGGUGGUUUCGAGGAUUUUGGCCUCGGAGGUGGCGAGGACGCGCGGGUGGAGGGUGCUCAGGAGGGAUGAGCAGCCUGUCGGGAUGAAGAAAUGGGUGCAUAGGGGGGUUAGGGAGGAGAGGGUGGUUGAGGGCGGUGCUGCUACUGGUGGUGAAGGGGUUGAGGUGACGCUGUCGGAUGAGGAGUUGGAGGGGUGUUUGCGGUACGGGGAGAUCAAGGAAGAGCAGAAUGAGGUUGAGGUGGACGAGAAGUUGGAUGAGGAUGAAGAAGGGGAAGACGAAUGGGAGGGAUUCUCGGAUUGA